UUGCAGCGGAAGGAAUUUUAUCGAGCAAAUCUGGAUACGGAAUACGUUGGAUUUUGCGGCCAUGGCGAAUCGAGAAGAAGAAGAAGCGGCGCCUCUCCUUAAGCCCGAAGCCCAUAAUGCAGAUAGCGUCUUCUCAGCUGGUCCCAAACCCAGGGACCCGCCUCCAAACCUUGCGCCGGCUGUCGCUCCGGCGCCCGCAGUUACCGCGGAUUGUGGUGAGAAGGUAUCUGCCAAAUGGGCGGCAGAGGGUGUGCCACUUACGCUGGCUCACGGGAGCGUCAUAGGCGAGCCAUUGCUGCGCGAUCAGUGGGACUCUGGCCUCUUCUCCUGUCUAGGCCGCAACGAUGAGUUCUGCAGCAGCGAUCUCGAAGUUUGUCUUCUUGGAAGUUUUGCUCCAUGCGUACUAUUCGGCAGUAAUGCCGAGAGGCUUGGAUCAGCUCCUGGCUCAUUCAUUCAUAACUGCUUCACUUAUGCUGGCCUUUAUAUGCUUGGAAAUUGUUUCUUUGGUUGGAAUUGUCUAGCGCCAUGGCUUUCUUAUCCUAGCCGUUCAUCUAUUCGCCGAAGAUUCAAUCUUGAAGGAAACUUAGAGACAUUUGCAAGAUCUGUUGGCUGCCACAGAAUUCUGGGAGAUGAAGCAAGGCAGGAGCAGCUGGAGUCUCUGUGUGAUCUUGCAGCCCAUGUAUUUUGUCACCCUUGCGCUCUCUGCCAGGAAGGACGGGAACUUCGCCGGAGGUUGCCCCACCCCGGCUUCGCCGCCCGGCCUGCGAUGGUUUUGAUGCCUCCAGCGGAGCAGAUUAUGGGACGUGACACUGCCUGAUUGCUACUGCGAUAGUUCUGAUGCGAUCUGCAAGGAUAUAUUUACAGUAAAUAAUAUGCGUAAUAAUUUGUUUGUCAUAUUAUAUCACGAAUGUUGAGCUGAUCUCCUGCCAGGUGUGGAAAGACUUUAUGGAGCAACUUUAUUGUAAUAUCUCCGAAAAUAAAAAAAAAAUUUAUGGUAUGAAUUCAAAUGAUAAAUAAAUAUUAAAACCAAAAUUUAUGAUC